GUCCGCUUCCCGGGGCUGCUGUCGCCUCCCCCCGGCCGGGGGCUUUGUCCGCGGGGCCCGCGCCGCUCUCCCGGAGCCAGGACGACGAGCUCGAGGAAGAUGCCUGGGCCCGUCCCGCGCGGCCCCGGGUGAGGCCUGCCCGCUCGCCCGCCGGCACCAUGGGAAGGAGCGGGCACCGGUACUGCUGCCCCCCGCCGGCGCGCGCAGGACUUGAGCCUCGCCGCAGGCAGCCCCCGGCCGCAGGUCCCCAAGUGACGCUGGCGGCUCCUGGGAGCGUGGCGCGGGCCCGGGGCCACGUAGAGGAGCCCAGUGUCCAGUGAAGCUGCCGAGGACCCGCCGCCCGCGCCGCCGCCAUGGUUAUGUCCCAGGGCACCUACACGUUCCUAACGUGCUUCGCUGGUUUCUGGCUUAUCUGGGGGCUCAUCGUCCUCCUGUGCUGCUUCUGCAGCUUCCUGCGCCGCCGCCUUAAACGGCGCCAGGAGGAGCGACUGCGUGAGCAGAACCUGCGCGUCCUCGAGUUGGAGCCCCUCGAGCUUGAGGGCAGCCUGGCCGGGAGCCCCCCGGGCCUCGCGCCUCCGCCACCACCGCACCGCGGCCGCCUGGAAGCGCCGGCGCACGCGCACCAACACGUGCACGUGCACCCGCUGCUGCAUCACGGGCCGGCACAGCCCCACGCGCAUCCGCACACACACCACCACGCACUGCCGCACCCGCAGCCGCCGCACCUCUCCGUUCCGCCCCGGCCCUGGAGCUACCCGCGCCAAGCAGAAUCGGACAUGUCCAAGCCUCCGUGCUACGAAGAGGCGGUGCUGAUGGCCGAGCCGCCGCCACCCUACAGUGAGGUGCUCACGGACACCCGCGGCCUCUACCGCAAGAUCGUCACGCCCUUUCUGAGCCGCCGCGAAAGCGCAGAGAAACAGGAGCAGCCGCCGCCCAGUUAUAAGCCGCUGUUCCUGGACCGAGGCUACACGUCGGCGCUGCACCUGCCCAGCGCCCCGCGGCCCGCGGCGCCCUGCCCUGCGCUCUGCCUGCAGGCGGACCGAGGCCGCCGGGUCUUCCCCAGCUGGACCGACUCGGAGCUCAGCAGCCGCGAGCCGCUGGAGCCCGGAGCUUGGCGCCUGCCGGUCUCCAUCCCCUUGUUUGGGAGGACUACAGCCGUAUAGAGGGGUGCCUGGCGACCCGAGCCCCAACAGUAGACUCCUGGCCUGACUGAGAGGCUUUUUAAAUACUUCCCUUGGACUGUGGGGGGUGGGAGGGAUUUCUUACCCCAUUUGUUACAUUUUGAGGAUAAUAAAGGUGUGUGAUCUGGUUUGGUACAA